ACCAUCAGUGCCAUUUACACUAAACACUAAACCUGUUUAGCUUAGCUAAACGUAUGAUACUUGCGUUGCCUCCUUGGUGAGGGUUCAGAUGCGGUCUUGGAUGAAUGUCUUGAUGGUUCCAGGGUUUUAGACUUGCACUCACGUUCCUCUGGUGUGAAGAGUGAUGAACUCCAAAGAUGUCCUGACUCGUGAUGAUUGAGGGUUUCUUCCCAGGUAAAAUAUGAAAAGAGCUAAGUGAUCUGCUGGUUAAAAGAAAGUCAAGGCGGCAAGGCCUGGCACAAACUUAAGGGUUGCAGAGGUACUCAAAUUCACAUCUUCUCAGCGUCCCACAGAACAGCAGCUUGGGCGGGGGUCCCGCUUUCAGAGGACAAGAAGUCGUGAGACGUGGAAGAGACCAAAAAGAAAAGAAGACUGGGGCGCGACACACCUCUUGUGGGUCAAAGAGCCAAUGAUAUCUUGAACUUUUGGGGGGAGAGUUUUAUGACUCUUUGUCUCUAAGCAUGCUAAUUUGCUUAUGCAUUGGAUUGGAGAUUAAUAGACAACUAGUAAAGAUUCUUCGAACCCUAAUAUUUAGCAAAUACAUUAACAUGUAAUAUACACUCUCAGUUAGAUCACGUGAAAUUAACUAGUGAUUUGUAAUAAACAUGCAUUAAACAUAAUACAAAGAGACUUACACAAGAACAAUAACAAAAUAUAUGUGACCUGAAGGAUGUGUGUGCCCAUUCAAGGUUUUCCUGUAAAUUAAUUAGACAAGAGGUCCUUUGUUGAGGACCAGUGUUAUCAGUUGGUUGCCAGGAGAACCAGAGGCUUGUUUUUGGAGAUGUCUUUUUUACAGCAUUUGACAUUAAUUGCUUUUAUCAAUUUAACCUAUGAUAAUCUUUUUAAUGGAAAUAUUGGUUAAUCUAUAUGAUAUUGUGACAUAUCCUCAUUUAUGAUCAUGAACAUGGCUGUAAAUUACUUUGCUGUUUUGCUGUGAACAUAUUUAAUGUCAUUUUCUCAACAUUUUACAUUUAGCAAACCCUUUUAUCUGAAGAAACUUUAUCAGUUUGAAGUAGUGUAGCCAUGCUCUAAGUUUGAGCAUCAGGAAAGUGCUUCUCCACAUUUAUUCAGGUUGAAAUGUAAAUAUGUUUACAAACAAAUGUUAAAAUAUAGUUACAGUACUUUUUAUAACGUUCGCACGGCUAAGUUAAUAAUAAGCAUCACAUGUUAUUGUUUAAUAUAUGCAUUAUGCUAGAAAAUCUCUGAAAGCACCGAUAUUGUGUGUUAUAAAAAGAAUGAACCUUUACAAAAAACUUAAUUUAAGAAAGGGGUGUUAAUUUUAAUUUUUUUCCUUUUAAUGUAUAACUGUAUUGAAGCCAACUAGGGUACGUUUACCCCCGCAAUAAAAAUUGUACCCAUAAACUCUUAAAACGCUUUUCUUUAGGCAACCAGAGAGGAAAGGGAAAUGCUGACACUCUUCCUCUGAAGUUUUUCUGAGAUCACCCAAAUACACAGAGACACACCUACUAAGUUUACACUCAUAAUACAGACCACCAGCAACACUUCUUCACUCACACCGUCUGAUUAUUAACUUUAAAAAAACAAAACUGCUUACUGAUGCCAAAAUCAUACACCACGCGCCUCCUGCAGGAUUGGACGAAGUAGCUGGACCUUCGUUUUCUCUUCCCCUUCACUAUUAAAGUCUUAAGAUCAGUUCCGUCACCUGCGCGCUUUUCCGAGGUGUCGCGCGAUGAGCGCGUGAUCGACCUCACCACUCGCCUCUCCUCGCGGAGCUCUGUCGGGAUGUCCGCCGCGGUUCGUAGAAACUCGUCCAAAACCGGGAACGGCUUGGAGUCCGGUCCGGACGGAAUUCGGGAGAUGCGCCGAGAACCGUCCGCUGAGUCCACGCGCAAUGAAUUCGAUAAGAUGAUGGAGUCUUCAUCUAGAGACUUUAAGACCUCAAGAGGAAGCAUCAAAUGUACUUCAGGACCUCCUGAUGAUAAUAUACCAACAGUAUUGGCUAUGCAGCUGGCUAUGGUGGAGGGUCCGGAUCGACUUCCUGCCGAUGAGGGCACACAGGAAGUGCUUUGCAGGAAGCUUUGUGUGCUGGAAGCCGACCUCUCAGGGGUCGUGACCUUAAUCUCUGAGCUGUCUGCUCAUUUUGUGUCCAUCAACAGUGAGGAAAAGACUAUAUUUAUCACCUUUAAAACACUCGAAGAAAUAUGGAAGUUCAGCACAUACCACAAAAUGGGCUUCUUGGGUCAGUGUAUGGAAAACCUUCUGAUGAACCAGGAGUUCUGGUUAAUCUCCCUUGAUCAGCAUUCGGGAAUUGAGAUCUCAAUCAAAGAGGAGACACUAAAUCUGAUGUAUAGAGGCUUUCUAAUGCAAGAAGGGUCUUUCUUUGGAUGCUGCACAGCAAAUCAGAUGUUUGAUAGCUCUACGUCAGGUAGCGACCUUUAUCUGGAGAAGGGGGAUAUCGCUUUGUUUGAGCCUCCAUUCCUAGGAUCGGGUUGGACAGUGCUGUCACUUGCAGAUGGAGCUAGAGGAACCAAACCAAAACCGGCUCUGGAGCCGGUCAUCCCCUUUCAUGAGUGGUUUCUAAAGUCCUGCCCAGAGAGUAUAUUAGUGGGUGGUGGUAAGGACACAAGCGACCUUCCCUUCCAGAUUGCAGUCGGGGUCUGUGAGGCCACAGAAGAGCAUGAUGCCGGUGGACCAGAUGAACUGAGUUUCCAGGCUGGUGAACGAAUCAUCAUCCUAGGCCUACUGGUGGCUGGUUUUGAUUGGUUUAUGGGAAAAUUGGAGAGAACUGGGGAUAUCGGACUUGUCAAAACCAACCUGGUCAAAACGACGAGUUCAUUUUGUGAAUCAUCUGACAUAUUCUUGAAAGACGAGGACAGACAAAUUGCUACCUUAGAUCAGGACAAAAUUAAAGAAGAAACUAUUGCUUUAUUGAAGAAAACAUGCCAGUCUGAUGUUGCCACGAACUACAAACUCGAUUUGGUGAAAGAAAUUCCAGGUUCAGUUCAAAACAAGACUCAUCAGACAGAAUUAAACAACCUGAAAGCGAAAGCCCAGCACAUUUUGAGCGAGACAGAUGAGUCUCAAAGAAAUGAUGUUUCUUCAGUCAGCAUCACGCAGCAGAUGAAGAAAGAAGCUGAAGAUACAGAGUCGUCUCGGGAAACCCCUCGUUUCUCUGUGCGCUUUGAGCAGGACAGCACCGGUGCAGAUGAACAUCACGAGCUUCUUUCAUUCUUGAGCAGCCGUGACCUCCAGCCGGAGUUCCUGCUUCUGUACAGGGCUUACCCAGAAUUCCUCAUGUCACAUUUCGAGGGUCACUCUGAUGAAGAGGAGAUAGUGGCGUAUUUAGGCGCUGUCCGAGAACUGGCGCGAAAGAAGCGUGCCUCGUGGGCUCAGAGCCGAAUUUGUUUUCUUCUUGGACAGCUUUGUGCAGGAAGGUCAAAGUUCUCUCAAGCUCGGGUUUAUUUCGAGGAAGCCUUGAAUGUACCCAGGGACUGUUUCACAGACAUGUUUCUGCUCUCUGCCAUUUACUCCAACCUGGCAAUCAUCUACCUGACACAGAAGAACCAUGAAAAAUGUUUCAGUUUUUCGGAGCGCUGGUCCGCUUUGUUGAUGGCUGUCCCGGAUUGUUUGUUUGGCUGUGAGGAUCCUGAGGUAUUAAAAUAUGUACUAAAAAAAGCUGUGCUGGCUAAGAAUCAGCCUGCUGAGGCACGGGCCUGCUUCCUCCUGGCGAAGCUCCACCUGAAGCUUAAAGACGGCGCCAGUGCAAUCCCAUUCAUUGAAAGGCUUUGGAUCCUUGUUGAUGAAGUUCCCGAGGCAUGUGACGAGACAUUGAGCCAAGUUUUCCUGGUGUUAGCAAGACUCUACAGUGACCAGAGACAGCCACGCUUGGCUGAAAGCUGUGCAAAGCGAGCAUCGCUUCAGGUAGGAGCCACUGCGUCACACUGUCUUUGUAGUAUCUCUCUAUUGUUGGAAAAUGCAUCAGAGCUGUAUGGAGUGGCCAUCCCAACACAAGUGGCUCCAUACCUGACCCGUGCCACUGCUUUAGGGCCCUCCAGUAAGGAGCCUGUGCUGGGUCAUAUCCACGCUCUGUGUUUGUCCUGGCUUUUCCACAUCCACAGCAUGCCUGACAGAGCUGUUCGCUACAUGUCCACUGUCCUCGACCACGGCGGCAUGUCCAGUGUUGGCCAGUCAGACACUACAGCUGCUCUCCUGUGGUUGGCGUGGCUGUACAUCUGCGACCAGCAACCCGGCACAGCCCUGGAAGUGCUAGACGUCGUGCUGUCAUCGCUUCCCGAGCACUGUACUACUCAGCUGGAAGGAGUGGUUUACAACAUGCGGGCCAUUUCAUACAGACAUUCAGCGGACAUCCGACAGGCCGCUGAGAGCUACCGGGCUGCAAUUGAGAUAUGCGAGGAGUUUGAGGAUAGACGCAACUGGGCCAUAGCACUGGCCAACUUUGGAUUCAUGUGUUUGCAAAUCAAGGCGAAACGACUGGCAGAGGAAUACCUCACUCAGUCAGUGGAGCUGUUCUCCGAGCUCGAGGACGAAGAGCAUGAACUCAGUUUUAUUUUAGUGCUUCUGGAGUUGGGGAAACACUUCGUUUCCCGAGGAAACCAUGAGAGUGGCAAGAUAUACUACGAAUGGGCCUUACUGAGUGCCAUAUUUAUCAAUCACAUUGAUAGCCAGCUGCAGGCCACACGUCACCUGUGUGAGCUUUAUGAGGAGGUGUGUCCGGAUGAAGCCCAGUGUAUCAUCUACAACGAGCACCAGCUGAACCUUCUUCAGCGGAUAGGAGACAAGAGCUCAGAGGGAGAGAUACUGGAGAAGAUCAGCCAGCUGUACCUGAACCUGGCUACCGAGAAAGCCAAUAGAGCUGCUUUAGAUUACACCAAACGAAGCCUGGCCAUCUUCAUCGACUUGGGCAGAAAACGCAAGGAGGCUCAUGCCUGGUUAAAGGCUGGAAAGAUUUACCAUAUCCUGCAACAGACAGAGCUAGUGGACCUCUACGUGCAGGUAGCCCAGGACAUGGCUUUGAGCACAGGAGACACGCUCUUCACCCUGGAGAUGUUGGAGGCAGCUGGAGAUGUGUUCUUCAACAGUUCACAGGACAGGGAGAAAGCCAUCUGCUUUUACAGGGACCGAGCCCUUCCCAUCGCGGUGAAGACGAGCAGCGUGCGCUCUCAGCUCAGACUGUGUAAUAAACUUUCAGAGCUCCUGCUGCAGCUGGGACAGUGUUCAGAGGCCAUCGAGUACGCUCAAACUGCACUAGACAUUAGCUUGAGUCUGGCUGACGGGUUAAAUGAGCGGGUGGCCUUCCAUCGACUCGCCACACUGUAUCAUUGUCUGGGUCAGUUUGAAAUGGCAGAGCACCACUUUUUGAAAGCCCUGUCCCUGUGCCCCUCACCCCUGCAGUACGACGAGGAAGCCCUGUACUACGUCAGGGUUUACAAAACGCUUGGAGACAUCGUCUUCUAUGAUGUGAAGGACCCAUUCGAUGCCGCUGGCUAUUAUCACUUGGCUCUGGCUGCUGCUAUGGAUCUGGGCAACAAGAGGUCUCAGCUAGAGCUGUGCACUCAGUUGGCCACCAUCUAUCACAACUGUCUCAUGGACCGCGAACUCUCGCUGUUUUUCUACCAGCGAGCGAGAGUUUUUGCUAACGAUCUCCACAUUCGCCGUAUCAACCUGGCACCAGACUACAGCUUCAGCACCACAGCCCAGUACAAAAACAAAAUAACUGGGGCAACAAGAUAGAGCCGGGCCGUAAUGGGAUACGAAACUUCCAUGCGCGCUUCUGAUCCGACCCGUGUGUGAAUUUCCCAUGUUUACUUUUAUUCGCUGGAUGUUCUGUGUAUUAGUUGAUUUACGGGAUGUCUGACUCAUGACGCAUGUCGAUUGGUCCGGCGGGUGUUUACUGGAGUGUAAACAAUACAACUUUCAGGCACUGUCCAUUUGGCUUAAUACCCAAUGUUGGAAGUAACCAAAAACACUGAUACAACUUUCUUUCUUGUGGAAAAUAAUAGUCAUGUAAAAUUGUAGAAUUUGUUGUUUUUGGUUUUCCGUUCUGUAAAAUCUCAUUACCUUGAUUUGACACAUGCGAGUGAUGUCAGUGAACACAUCUUACCUCAACAAGGGCUGUUCUGUUUAAGUGCAGAGAAUGACAGGAGUUAUAGUUUUAAAUAAACAUUGUGCCUGGUGAAACACACGACUUGGUCCAAGCCCUCCCAGGGAAAACAAAUCCACCGGCAUAGCAGGGUCCAGUGCCUCGGCUAAAAACAUCCCUUGGUCACCAAUAAAAAGUGGAUGUAAUAUGUAAUUGCUUACAGGAUGAAUCUAAGUCAUUUUUUAAAAAUUCAAACCUUUAUGCACGUAAAGUCAAGGUCAUACAAUUCUACAAUCAGUUCUACUCUUUUGGGUUUCACCCUAACAAUAAUUCUGUUGGCAUCCAAGCAGUUUAUUAUGACUCAUAAUAAUAAUAUCAGACCUAGGCUACAGGAAUAAUUACAUUUGAAAUAAUUAUAUCUGAAUAUUUGUGAAUGUUUAUUUUGCUCCAGAUCCUUACAGUUUCAUGUGAAAGAUGUACACUAGCAUAUGCUUUCAGGUAAUGGUAAUGCAUGGUAAUUGCAAUUCAAUUCAAUUCAAAUGUAUUAUAAUUUCAAUUUAUAUUAAAUGCAAAUG